AUGUUUGGAGAUGCCACUUCCAAGUCUCCUCUUGGUGUUUCCAAGAACUAUCACUUGAAAAUUGGAGAAUGCAUCAUCCAAACCGAUCUUACUGUCAUGGAGAUGGAAGAAGCGAAAGAUCUACCUCUGCUAUUGGGAACCCCAUUCCUUAGCACAGUUGGCGCUUCAAUAGACUUUCACAAACAAGAAGUGAUUCUUCACAAAGUGAAUAGUUUGGUGUCCUAUCGCUUACAGCCUAGAGGUUCAGACUUUUGUGCCACAAUUGAAAGCACUACUCUCAGUUCCAAGCCUCUUGCAGUUACAAAGGUUGUGACGGAAAGGGUUGACAAAGAACCAAGAGUUGGGAAGGAUAAGGUUGCGAAAGAAAAAAGAGUUGAUAAGGGACCAAGGAUUGAGAAGCCACGUCUUGAGAGGGCUAGAGUUGAGAGACCACGUUCUGAGACACCACGUCCUUGA